AUGGCUGAAUUGAACUCGAGAGUGUACGACUUUAAAACUUUCAUCGAUGAAUAUCCAUUGCCUCAAAUCGUCAAAGUCAUCGAAGGAGUUUAUGGCAAUGAAGACGAAUUGAYUCUGUCAGCUCUCGAAGUGGUUCACCUGCACAUGGUGAAAAACUGCGACACUGUUAAAGCCACAGAUGAAAGAAAUCGCGAAUUCUAUKUACCAUUAAAUUCACCAGCGAAGGUAAAGGUGCUCCCGAAUCCAAUCUAUCAGGAAUUUUAUGAUGAUGUACUAAAACUGGCCGAAGAUUUCCCGACUUACGUCGAAGCAUGUGAUGAUGAUUCUGAAUUAAACAUUAAAAUGGGAGACGUGCUAAAAUUAAAAAGGCUCACCACAAAUCCACACGAUGAUAACUAUCUAAUCUGCGAGUGCACAAACAAAGAAAAACGAGAAAUUUUGAUUCCAUUUUCGUACCGAGCGAARUUCAAGACACUCGGGGACUUUGAACAUUCUGUUUUGUUUCUCAAGGAAGUUGUUGCAAAGACACCACACUUUCCCGUUUUGGUGAAGUUUCAGGACAACUUGUUGAAAACGAGUAGAAGAGAUAUCAAUGCUGGCUGCCCUACAGGAUUUAAUCAAUUAGGAGCAUUUUCUCUCAAGGAAGCGUUUGUUAUGAAGCUGGUGGUUGCUACGUCGUGUGGCGCUAAUCACGGAAGUAAGGAGCGAACUCUGCUCACAAUUCCCCACGAUCUAGACAUCAGAGUAAUUCCAGUUUUGGACAAGAGCGAACGAAGCGCUUACCAGACUGAAAAACUCUGUCGAAUUGGAAGUUUUAAGAUAAAUUUUAAUGAAACAAGCUUCAGAUAUGGCUGUAAUUUUAUAAAAAAGCAAGAAUGUUCUCUACUUAAACAAGGCAAUACUAGGAAACCGAUUCCAAGAUYUCGAAAUCGCGUGACACCUGACAUGACAGCUACGUCUUCGGGAAUCUGUGACGACAAGCAAACAGUAAAUGACAGCUGUGYUUUCAGUAGUUGUCUUGACGAUGAGACGGAAAAGAAAGGGACUUGUGCUGAUGAUAUUGACGAAAGCGCCAAAACCACUACUUUAAUMAACGAAAAGGAAGAUGUUUAUGUAGAUAUGAGCUUCUGCAAGGAUAUAACACCAGAAGUUAACUUUGGUGAAUCGGAAUCACUCAAACAGCAACAAAGUAAGAAAUAUGAGGCUACAGCUGCUGCUUCUGGUAAUGGUACUGGUACUGGUACAGUAACUGCUGMUGMUGAUGAUAAUGAUGAGGAAGAUGGUGGCGGUCAUGGUCGUGAUAGCAGUGGUAGUGACRAUGGGAAGGAUGGACACCUUGCAAAAAGUAACAUUCCUCCAUUACAAUUUAACAACUCUCGUGAYAUYACCGAAGAGACAAAUGAUUAUGACGAAGUCCCAGUCAAACAGAGUCAAUCAGCGAGUCGCCCCACAUCCAUAGUCAAGAACCUUAGAUACGAUACUAAUGAUAAUGUGUUCCAGAGUGGACAUGGUCACCUUGGUCUUCCUCCUUUUGUCCCAAAACAACCAAGCCGUUACUCCACGAAAAAAACGAAGAGCAAAAUACGUAAAAAAAUUGAAAAUCUGAAAAAGAUAUCACGAAGUGCCUUGAAGAGAUCCAAGUCUACCACUGACAUGGAGAGCUCUGUGGACUACCAUUACGUUGAACCCAUUUCAGAGGCAAAAGCUGACAAACAAACAGACAUUGCGAAAUUUCUGUCUCGUUUGCAAAGGUCGAAGGAGCAGGGAGGCAAGGACUUUAGUYCCGUGGACUAUCUUAGUACGCUGACAGUAGAUGAAGUGUCAGAAUCUCUGAAAAACCUUAAUUUACAUAGAUACGUCGAGACAUUUAGAGCAAAUACUGUAGAUGGGAGCUUGUUGAUGGAUUUAAAUGAUAAGAUGCUGGAUGAACUAGAGCCUAAAAAGUUUUCGCACUUACCAGCUAACGAUAGCAAACAGUCUGACAAGCCAGCAUGGUUAACACCGAAGCUAAAGUCUGUAAGCCGUGCUGGUGGUGGGUCUAAGGCACUAGCUGACCUGAUACAARCUGAUCAAAACAGACUUCAAAAAGCAAAGAAUGAAAGAAAAGAAGAAGAAAAGAGCCCUCCACAAUCGUCUUUUAGUGGGAAGGCUGUUUUUGAAGGCAGCUCGAGAACCAAUCGGGGAACAAGGGAUGGAAUUGGCGCGAAAAUUGAGGCAACCAAUCACAAUGGCCCAACGUCACCAACUCAUAAAAGCGGCCCAGUGAGCCCUACGCGAAAGGUGCAGUCAACGGCUGUGUUCACUCCUCAGGGCUCCCAGAAUAGARCACAMGUUWCCAACGGAAAUGCCGAAARYAAUAUUUGCUUUGCKGACCGCAAGAAAUCUCUAGAACGCGAGAAAMCUCACAGAGUCACUGAGGCAAGAGCGACAAGCGCUUCCUCKGUUAGGUCACCAAUUGUGGUCUCAAGCAAGAAAGUUGGACAGCAAAAUACAGAGGGAACUUCGCCAAGAACACAUCCYAUUGCCGACACRCCUAAAUCACUGACAAGGAAAACAUCAACCGGUCACAUCAUUCUCAGCUCUCCUGGGAAUAGUAAUCCAAACAACCCUACCAGACGCGACAAGCCUGUAUAUUGGAGAGACAAGGGAAAGACGAACGAAAACCAGACGACMAGUCAAAUUGGACAGGAGAUUCAAAACCACAAGAUAUCAGAAAAUAUAGCAUCCAACGUUGGGCAGAGAUCGGGUCAAAAUAAUAAUCAACGCGGUGGAAUGAUCACGAAUGUACAAUCUGUUGGACAAGACAGUCAGAAACAUAUUAGACAAGGGGAUAUGAAGACGAUUGCCGGGCAGAGACCAGGUCAAAGUCAUGUUCAACGUGGCGAUACUCAYACGAAAGGACCUCAAAAUAAUGUGAUCAAAAGUAAGACUGUAAGUAAUAAUGUAACGAGUAAUGAUUGCGUGACGGUGGAGGCAGAGAAACAAGAGAGAGAUGAGAAGACCGUAGAGCAGCAAGAACAGAAACUACAUGAUGGUUUAGAAAAGGAAAAUGUUGUGAGUGCUACAGCGGUUAAUAGUGGUAAUCAGAAACCACGGUCAAAAGUAUGGAGAGAAAAACUACAGACAAACGACCUUAAUCCUGAACCGGAACCGGAAAUGAAUGUUGCAGAAGAUCGAGUCGAACCACAAGCCGUGUACCAUCCAACUAUGCCGUUCAACUUGGAUAGAGCARGGGAUUCCUCGCGCGCAGAUGUAGACAAACUAAGACAAGAACUAGAAAACCUGAAAACUGAACACGAAAGUGUGGUUGGGAUGUACAAGACGACGAUUAACAAACUGAAGGAAGAAUUGGAAGAAAUGAAGAUGAUGAAUUCAUUAAUGUCUGAAGGACAAUCGAUAGAACCAGCAGCACCACCCCCUCCCCCUCCGCCUUGUCCACCCCCACCCCCUCCCCCUUUUCCGGGUGGUGCACCCCCACCUCCUCCCCCUCCAGGUGGUGCACCUCCACCCYCUGGGUCAAGAAUAAUUCGACCAAGGAAGGGCGUUAUAAAGCCAGGAGUCGAGAUGAGACCGCUGUUCUGGCAGAGAAUCCUACUGACUGACGAUACAGCAGACGACCAGUGUUCUGAUGGUGCAACAAAGAGUAGAAACACCAUCUGGGGAAACAUGAAGGAGGCAGAGUUUGACAUCAAAGAAUUUCAAAAGUUGUUUGGAAGAAAAAUCAACAAAAGAAAACGGGCAAACAAGCGAAAAUCCCUGCAUGAAGACUUGAUUUUUGAUCGUCCUGCUGGAAAACAGGUGAUSAAGGUUCURGAUAAYAGUAGAUCACAGAUGAUUGGCAUCAUCAUGACCAGCCUCAGCUGUCAAUUAGAUGACGUCAAGGAGGCUAUAUAUAAAAUGGACACUAAUACCAUUGAUAUGGACGGACUCAAAGCACUUUAUCACAUCAGACCAAAACCAGACGAAAUCGAGGUYAUAUCUAAAGAAGUACAGGACCACCCUGAAGCGACACUGGACAAACCCGAGGAGUUCCUAAUGAGAUUACASAAGAUGGACCACUUCUCUGAACGUCUAGAAUGCUGGCUGUACAAAGACCGCUUCACCGAGACAAUCCAUGAUGUUGAUCGCAGACUAGGAGCGAUAGGAGAAGCAAAUGCACAUAUUCGCACAGAUAAAGAAAUUCAUUUUGUGUUGUCCCUCGUGUUGGCUCUCGGGAACUACAUGAAUGGAAGCACAGCACGUGGUCAAGCGGACGGCUUUCAAAUCAAUGCCUUGAUGAAGCUCAAAGACAUCAAAACACAGGAUAACAUGAUGAAUCUCCUGCAGUAUAUUGUACAGAUGUAUUGUAAGAUUCGUGAAAUCAAAGGRCCUGGGGCAGAAUACACCUUACCAGACCCCUACAUCGUCCUGGCUGGUUCCCAGUCCUCUUUUAAGGAAAUUCGCGAGAAUAUGGCACAGGCUAAAAUCACCUUGGCAACCUGUAAAGCGAAGUUCUGGAUUUGCUUUUUUUCAGCUGAGGUUGAAUUAUCAAGAUUGAGCGAGAAACACGAGACGGUUGCUGGUGAAUUUAAAAAGAUAACUGAUUACUUCGUGUUCAAAGCUGAACAAGGCGAAGAGGUCGGUCCUCCGUACUUUUAUGGUAUUUGGGGACAUUUUCUGGAAGACUUCAAGAACUACUGGAAGGCUGAGGUACUUCAGAUAGCAAAGAAAAAGUUCAGUAAGACAGAACAUCUGCAGCAGAUCAAGGCAAUGGCCACGCAGUUCAUCAAUCGACGUGGCUCAUCCUCUAAAGACGACGUUGAGCAAGCUAAAGCCGCGGUCGCACCCAACAAGGUUUCUUCAGUGGCUUGGUGUGCAUGAAUUAUGUGCAGUAUCUACAUAAGUCAAUCUACCUUUGAAAAAUAACCAAUAGAGAAAAAGGGUGGACGACGGAAAGCCUAUAACAGGUCUAACAACCCACUUGCAACUGUAGCCGAUACCUAGAUCCAAUCAGUAGUAUUUCAGUAAGGAGAUAAUUUUUGCAGAGGAAGAAAAGAAGAAAAUGGGAGAAAAACCCUCGAACAACAGGAGAGAGUCAACAAACAACCGUUCACUCACUUACAACUGACAUCGAGCCGCGACGCGAGAAUGCAUGAAUCCAGCGGGUUGCCUUGGUGAGAGGCACAUCACACGCGCUUCCCUUCUAUUCGUCACUAUUGGCAACGGACUAAUAUUUUGGUUAAUUAUAUGUUUAGAGUAACCAGUUUUGGAUAUUAAAUGCCUUGUAUUGCGGUUUAUAUUUUUUACACCAACGCAGAGCCCAACACAUCGUUAUUCAUAACUUUUAUUGUAGGUUUAGCGUGUUUGAUUAAGCAAUGUUUUUUUCGGAAAAAGUCGUGUCAACCAAUCCCUUUUUGUCAUGCCUAUAGCCCGAGGGGACAAUUAAAAAACUCCCUAUUUGUGUGAUUGACCAAGUGGACUGCACCCUCCCUUUAUAAAUCAAUUAACCAAUCAAUGUUCAGCCCCACGGCUGGCGGCCGGGUGGGUGGGGGGAGAUUAAUGUCAUUCCUCCCAGCCCUUCCUAAUGUUCAGGCUCGCUAGAUAUCAUAAAGAUGGUAACUGUUAAAUUCCUACCCCAGUGGGCAACGUAACCGGCGAUCCGCGAUCACACCUCCCACCCCCCACCCAGCCAGGGUCCCAACAUUGAUUGGAGUACGAGUCAAAAGUACAUAGCGAGAUAUCGAUCUUAUAAUAGCUAGUUCGUUUUAAAUAGUCUUUCCACAUUGGUCGGACACGACACAAUAUCCCCCUAGCAGACCUCAAGCACUGUAAAGGGCUUAUCAUUCUACUAACAAGUUUCAUUCGGCCAUAAAACCUUAAACGCUUUUUUUUAAUCCCACAGAUUUGUUUUUAGCUUUCAAGAGUAGUCCAUUGUGUUGGUUUAUGAACUGAUCCAAGCAAAAGAAACGAAAAACGAGCUAGAGAUCCCUGUGGUGGACGUGGUACAGGUGUUACAUGGCUAUUAACUAUAUUUGACAAUAAAAGAUUCCCACUGUGAAAAAGUUUAUACUAAAUCUGCUGAGAAUAUUUAAUGGAAAUAUUUUUCCUUUUACCUGAGCGAGUAGAAAUUUCUAGGUUAUAUAACUAUUACUGAAUCAGUCUUUGAUGGCGGCUGGCACUAGUCCAA